UGGUCAAGGCGAUAGAUGUCCAGCCUCUUCGCUCUCUCCACUCAGUGCUGCUUUUCAACAGAGAUUUAAAGUGAACAACCUGAAGCUCAGAAAAGUACUUCUCCUAUUCCCGCCAACAAAUAUCAGGGAUUAUCCCUCUCUGCUUACUCCCCGCCGAGGUCUGCCCCUCAUUUUCUCUCCGUCAUGUAUCAGGUUUUGCUAAUUUGUCAUCAGACCCUGACAAUGUAAGUCAAUCUGAACCAAGCCACCCCGGAAGGACACAAAUCUGCUCUCUUGUUUUUAAGAACCAAGAAGAAGACGGCGCCCCGAGGUGAGAUGCGGCCCAGUGCUUUGUCAGCGGAGGAGCGAGAUGGCUUCUGUAGAGAUUCUUGAAAGAAAUAUUCCCGUUUGAAAGAGGCUGAUCGACGGCGCAGCAUCUUCCAGCACCGCCGCCCUCACAGAUGUAGCUGCCCAGGAUGGGUCUAAAGGUGGACGGCCAGGACAGAAACAAUGACGUGCAAACGUACGAGCAACCGGGGGAGGAAAUGGGAGCCGAGAGCCAAAACGAGGCCUGUGCCCACAGCCAGCCACUGCCCAUCAUCAGGAAGAGGAGGAAAAGCAGGAGGAGAUGACUGGGGAUCAACCUCACCAGCUGCAAAUACGAAAGUGUGCGGCGAGUAGCUCGCAGAUACGGCCUCAGGGAGGCGAUGGAGGAUGAAGACUGGACGCUGUUCUGGACCGACUGCUCUGUGUCUCUGGACCGUGUUAAAGACAUGAAGCGCUACCAGAAAAUAAACCAUUUCCCAGGGAUGAGUGAGAUCUGCCGCAAAGACUUACUGGCGAGAAACUUGAACCGCAUGCUGAAGCUUUUUCCAAAAGAGUACAAUAUCUUCCCCAGAACUUGGUGCCUACCUGCAGAUUAUAGUGACUUCCAAGCCUACACCAGGGCCAAAAAAAGCAAAACCUACAUCUGUAAGCCAGAUACAGGCUGCCAAGGCAAAGGUAUCUUCAUCACCAAAUCCAGUAAAGACAUCCUUUCUGGGGAACACAUGAUCUGCCAGGUCUACAUCUCCAGGCCUCUCAUAAUUGACGGAUACAAGUUUGAUUUGCGGAUUUACGUGCUAGUGACGUCAUGUGACCCAUUCAGCAUAUUUAUGUUCAAGGAGGGGCUGGUUCGCUUCUGCACCACAAAAUACAACGAGCCCACACACAACAACGUGGAAGACGUGUGCAUGCAUCUUACCAACUACUCCAUCAACAAGAACAGUGACAACUUUGUGCGCGAUGAGGACGUUGGCAGUAAGCGGAAGUUGUCCAGUCUCACCAAACACCUGGAGGCCUCCAGCUGUAACACAGACAAGCUGUGGAACGACAUCGAGGACAUCAUCAUCAAGACUCUGAUAUCUGCCCACCCGGUUCUCAAGCAUAAUUACCACACGUGCUUCCCGAACCACACCACCGGCAGCGCCUGCUUCGAAAUCCUGGGCUUCGACGUGCUGCUGGAUCACAGACUCAGGCCCUGGGUGCUCGAGGUGAAUCACUCCCCCAGCUUCACCACGGACUCACAGCUGGACCGCGAAGUGAAGGACGCCCUGCUGUACGACACCCUGGUUCUCAUUAACCUGAGCGCCUGUGAUCGCCGCAAGAUCACCAAAGAGGAGCGGCGCAGGGUGAAGGACAGGCUGCAGCAGAACCGCUCCAGGGAGGCCCGGUCGGAGGAGCUGCGUCAGUGCCAGGCGGCCACCAUGGAGCAGAUGGAGAAGUACGAGGCCAAACACCUGGGAGGCUUCAAGAGGAUCUACCCCAGAGAGGGAGGGGAGAAGUACGACAAAUACUUCAAACACAGCAGCUCCCUGUUCCAGGAGACCGCCGCGUCCAAGGCCAGAGAGGAGUGUGCCAGGCAGCAGCUGCAGGAGCUGCGUCUGAAGCAGGAGCGGGACCAGAAGGGGGGCCGGAGGAGGGACCUGCAGGGGGAGACGGCGGGGGAGAGAGUCAAACCCCAGCGAGGGUCCACACAGCAGCCCGGCUACUCUCAUCCGGCCGCCGUUCAGUCGCCUCUCUCCGGCGUGUUUCCAGAAGCUGCGGAAGUUCCCGAGGAGGACCAGAAGGAGAGGGAGGAGGCGGAGGAGGCCGAGAAGCAGGACCGGGAGCGGGUGGAGUCUCUGCUGGAGAGAAAGAAGCUGCUGGAGGACCUGGGGGUGGUCGACCAGAUCCACCAGCUGCUGCAGCGCCGGGCGGAGGGGGGCGGAGCCCCGCCGGGCGCCACGGAAACCUGCAGCCACCGGCAGGUUCAGCACAGGCACGAGCAGAGGCUGGAGGCUUUGGCCCUGUUCUCCCAGAGGACCAAGCAGAAUCUCUGCCCCCAGCUCUCUCAGCAGCAGCUCCACUCCUUCAUGACUCAGCAGCGUCUGCUGAGGCCCGGCGUCCAGCAGAGGGGCCUGAACGAGUCCUCCUGCCGGCUGUCGGAGCCCGAAAGCCUGAGCAGGGCAGCAGAGCUCUGCAGCAUGAUGAGCGCCCACCGGCUGCUCUGGCCCGGUAAACAUCCGCCCCACUCAGGAACACCUCUGGCCUCAAUAAGCACCAAAAGCACCAAAAGCACACUCAGUUCCUGCUCGUUUUCUCUCCUGUUUCCUCUUCUCUCUCCAGACUCUGGCUCCCACGUGGACAUCCGGACGGGCUCCUACACGGGGACCAGGCCGCGUCCCAGCAUCCCCGCCAUAAACCCGGGCCCCCCCCAUAAGGCCCCGGCCCCCCCGCCCCGCCCCCCCACGGACCUGCAGAGCCUGCGGGUCGUCUCCACCCGCGCCCCCCUGGUCCGGAGGCCUGGCUUCUCUCACGUGGUCCGCAGCUCCCCCCGAAAAGCCCCCCCGCACGGCCAGGGCCACUGA